AUGGAGCCGCCACCUUCUCCGCUGGGCGCCGGCGCCUGCGCUGUCUGCUGCAUGUGCGGCGACCGCGGCCUGCCGCACGAGCUGCUCCGCUGCAAGCUCUGCCGCGUCCGCCUGCAGCACAGAUACUGCAGCGAUCUGUACCCGAGGGCCACGGCGUACAGGAGGUGCAACUGGUGCCUGAGGGAGCCCGCAGAAGCCCACGCCCAAGCGCACGCUCAAGCUCAACCGGUGGCUAGCAAGAAGGCGGAGAAACGGAAGAUGGUGCAAUCAACGGAGACGUCCACCUCCGACGAGGAGGCGCGGCGGCAGCACGAGGCCGGAUGCGCCACUGCUACGAGGUCCAGGAGAUCGGCCGCGGAGGUUGGUCAGCCGGUCAAGAAGCCCAAGGUCGACGAGAGGCCACCGCUGCCCCCGUCGCCGGGCACGGCGGCGAAGCGGAACAGCGGCGACAAGAAGCCUAAGAUCGACGAGUGGCCAGCGCUGCCCCCGUCGCCCGGCACGGCGGCGAAGGGGAACAGCGGUGACAAGAAGCCCAAGGUCGACGACAGGCAAGCGCUGCUGCCUCCGUCGCCGGGCACGGCGGCGAAGGGGAACAGCGGUGACAAGAAGCCCAAAGUCGACGAGAGGCCACCGCUGCCUCCGUCGCCGGGCACGAAGGCGAAGGGGAACAGCGGCGACAAGAAACCUAAGGUCGACGAGUGGCCGGCGCUGCCCCCGUCGCCGGGCACGGCGGCGAAGGGAAACAGCGGCGACAAGAAGCCGAUGCAGGCGGGGAAGCUGGCGCGGCAGGGUAGGGUCAAGGUGAGGCGGUACAAGCUCCUGGCAGAGGUGAUUAGCUGCUAG